AUGCGCGCCGCCGUCCGCGCCAAGCCCGCGCGCGCCGACCUCGACCCCGACAACAUCAGCGUCCUCGUCGCGGGAGGAUCGGGCGUCGCCAUGGACGUCGUCCGCCAGCUCAAGGACGCGGGGACGUGGGUGACCGUGUUCCAGCGCAAGGAGGACGACCGGGCGGAGAUCGAGAAGAUGGGCGCCUUCCUCUCCAAGGGAGACGCGCUCGACAAGGCCACCGUCAAGAAGGCUUACGACAUGGAGUACGACGCCGUCGUGUCCACCAUCGGCGGCACCCCCGCGGACCCCAAGGCGGACUCCGAGGGCAACAUCAAUCUCAUCGAGGCCGCCGUCGCCAAGGGCAAGGAGCAGGGCCGAAUGCCCAAGUUCGUGCUCGUCACCUCCAUCGGCACCGGCGACAGCCAGGGCGCGCCGCCGCCGCAGGUCUACGAGGCCCUCAAGCCCGUGCUCCUCGAGAAGGUGAAGGCCGAGGAUAAGCUCAAGGAGCUGGCGGAGGCGAACGGCAUGGAGUUCUGCAUCGUCCGACCGGGCGGGCUCAAGUCCGAGCCCGCCACCGGCACCGGCGUCCUCACCGAAGAUGUCAACAUCUGCGGCGCCAUCCACCGCGCAGACGUCGCGUCCCUGGUGGUGAAGUGCGUGCUCAAGGACAGCGCCAGCGGGAAGGUGCUGUCGUGCGUGGACAAGGAGCAGCUCUUCGACCAGCCCGCCUUCGAGGAGUUCGCGCUCUGA